AUGUGGGAAGUGCAAGUCGGGCAGCUUGAAAAUGUAAUGAAUACCGAAACCUACAAUAAAGCUCAUCAAAUCCUCAAGCAAUUCGACCCUUUGGGUCUCAUUGUUAGAGACUCAUUGGUGGAUCAACCGGUAAAAAAGGUAGAAACUGACACAACAACAAGGCAACGUAACGUUCCUGGCAAUAAAAGUGCUCCAUGUACCCCUAAACCGGUCCCCACUGCUGCUCAAAUACCCCAUCGCAAUCCACCGUCAACUGCAUCAACUCCACUUAAGGGACCAAUCACCCAUCGGCCGAUCUUACCUCGGGAAAGAUCGAUUUUGGACAUUGUUGUCGAUGCAAUUGUCGGUGAUGGACCUGAUCGGAGGUACGCUUUGAUUUGCCAAAGUUGCUCGGGACAUAAUGGAAUGGCUUUGGCCGAGGAGUUUGAGUACCUGGGUAAGCGCCAUUUUGUUAUUAAUUUGAAAGCUUAUGGAUUUUUGGCUCGUUUCCUUGUGACUUGUCACAAGUUAGGGUUUAUGGAAAUUACUACCGUAUUGGCAUUUCGUUGCUGCUAUUGCGGAUUCCAUAAUCCUGCACGUCGUAAUCGUCGCCAUCCACAAUCACUUCAAUUUCCCACUAGUCCAAAUUCCUCCUCUAAUCAACCCACUCCCAUUUCCACACCCUUUGAACGUCAUCAAUACUCCUCCGCGUUAAAUCUCACUUCAGUUGGAAGUCGAAGUCAUCUUAAUCGGGGUCCUUUUGAGCGUAUCUCUGCCUCCACUGAGAAUGUCCUCUCAUCUUCUCUCACAGAAUCGUCUGCUUUACCGCAACAGUUUUCUAGACGACGUAAGACUGCUGCGCCAACUCAGCGAAACCCCGAAUCAAGAUCUGCUUCGGCAUGCUCUUUAACUACACCUUCGUUGCUUGAGGAAGAAGGAGAAAAGGAGCCGUCAGAGAAGUCAAUGGAAGGAAAAUCGUGA